GCACUUCAACAUGCUUUUGUAAAACGUUUAUUUGAAGUACAGAAUUGAAAGAGGAGGCUCUCCAAACAUGUCAAUUUUCUGUUAGUGCUGUAGUUUGAUAUGAUAGCUUAGUAAGAUGUCUGCUUUCAGCGCUGAGUUAAUAGACUAUCUGGAGGGGAGGAUAACUUUCGAGGAGUUUGACAAGCGGAGAGAUGAGCGGAAACCCAAGGAUUCAGAGGAAGCAGUUGAAGAUGUGGUGGAUAAUGAACAGCCUUCUACCUCUGCAGAGAUCCCAGGAAGCAGAGAGGAGGGAGUCAGCGCUGGGGUCCAGCUGGCCUUCGCCUCCAUGCUUGGUGAAACACCACAGCCACCGUCUUCAGAAGAGGAGGGAGAAGAAGCUGAGGAGGAGGAAGAGGACAGCUUGAGCUUUGUUGAUGAUGAAGAUGAUGAAGAUUAUAAGAUGGAGGAAGAGGAGAAGGGAAAGGCUGCGGCAGCGGUGGAGGAGAUUACAGUGAAGAGACGGAGGCGGCGGGGAAAAGGAGGUAGAGGGAGAGGACGCAGAAGGAGACAGGAGGAGGAAGAGGACGAUGAGGAUGUGACGGUGGGGGACGUGUUUGCGCUGGAGAUGGAGCUGAACCGCGAAAACAAGAAGAUGAUGAAGGAGCGCCGUCAUCGCAGUAAACUGCCCCGCGCUCUGAGAGGCCUGAUGGGAGAAGCUAACAUCCGCUACGCCCGAGGGGAGAAAGAGGAUGCCAUCCUGAUGUGUAUGGAGAUCAUCAGACAGGCUCCUCUGGCCUUUGAGCCUUUCUCCACGUUGGCGAUGAUCUACGAGGACGAUGAAGACACGGAGAAAGCGCUGCAGUUUGGUCUGAUCGCCGCCCACCUGAACCCCUCAGACUGUGAGGAAUGGGUCAGACUGGCUGAAAUGUCUCUUGAGCAAGACAACAUCCGACAGGCCAUCAUCUGCUACACAAAGGCCAUCAGGUACGACCCCACCAAUGUCCGCUACCUGUGGGAGCGUUCCACCCUCCACAUGCGACUGGGAGAGCACAAACACUGCAUGGAUGGCUACCGCAGGAUCCUGGCACUGCUGCCGAUGGAGGAAGGAGAGCACUUCAUGCAGCUCUCAAAGGACAUGGCCAAGAGCUACUACGAGAGCAAUGACUUGACUUCAGCUCUGGGGGUUAUAGAGGAUGCUCUGGCACGACACCCUGACCUGGUCAGUGAUGACUUCAUCAACAUGACAGCUGAGCUCUACAUCGCCAACCGUCAGUACAACAAGGCCCUGGAGGUCUUGGUCCAGUUUGCAGGAGUAGUUUUAGUCAGAGAAGAUCCAAAGCCAGACGCUUCCGCACCACCUCACGAAGAAGAAGAGGGUGAGAAAUCGACUGAGGAGCAGGAGAUGAAGGAGGAAGAAGGCCCAGAAUCAAAACCUGUUGAAGAAACAGCAGCAGAGAAGGAAGGUGAAAUUAAAGAUGUAGAGGUACCGGACAGUGUACCAGUGGACCUGAGGGCCAAGCUAAUGGUCUGCCUCAUACACCUGCAUGUCUACACUCCCCUGGAGGGCCUGGUGUCGUCUCUGAUGGAGCAGAGCCCAGAAGAGAUCGGAGACUUGUACCUGGAUGUGGGGGAAGCCUACCUGGAGGAGGGCGAGUACAUGUCAGCUCUGCCUCUGUUCUCUGCCCUCGUCAUAUCUGAAAAGUACAACCUGGCUGUCGUCUGGCUCCGACACGCAGAGUGUCUGAAGGCGCUGGGCCACAUGGAGGUGGCAGCAGAAAGCUACACCAAGGUGGUGGAGAUGGCUCCUCAGCACCUGGAGGCCAGACUCUCCCUGGCCACCCUGCAGCAGCAGCUGGGCCGGCCCGAGUGCGCCCUCAAAGCCCUGGAGUCCAUGUAUGACAGCGACACGCUGGCUCAGGACUCGUCAGCCGCUCAGAAGGAGUUAAAGCUUCUGUUACAUCGCUCUACACUGCUGAAGACUCAGGGUAAAAUGGAGGGCUACCUUGAUGCUAUGAUCAGUAUGAUCUCCAUGCUAUUGAAGGUGGCCAUGCAGCGAGCUAAGGUGUGUGUGCGUUCUGUAAUCAUGUCAGGAGAGAGUCACCUGAGGCUGGUGAAGGUGAAAGACGUAGUGCCAGAGUUUGAUGACCACGAAGCUGCCUAUCUGGAUAACACAGGUAAAACCAACGUUCUGUCCAAAGAGGACUGGUGGCAGCUGCUGGUAAGCUGCGUGCUGACGCUGUGCGAGGUGAAGCGCUUCGAGGAGGCUGAGCUGCUGGUGGAGUCGGCCAUGGAGUUCUUCUCCUUCUACGACAACAAGCCCAAGAGGAAGGAGAUGGAGUUCUUUGGACUGUCCGCCACCAUCCUGGACCACAACCACUACAAGGCCUACAACUACAUCAGAUUGAUGCUGAUGGAAAAUGUAGAUCUGCCUCAGCUGUGGAACAUUUUCAACCAGCUGACGAUAACCUCCCAGCACCAGCGCCACCAUCGCUUCUGUCUGCGUCUGCUGUUAAAACAUCCAGACAACCACGCCCUGUGUGUCCUCUGUGGACACAACGCCAUGGUGUCAGGGAGCUUCAAGCAUGCGCUGGGUCAGUAUAUUCAGGCUUUCCAGACUCGACCAGACAACCCCCUCUACAGCUUGUGUGUGGGUCUCACCUUCUUCCACAUGGCCUCUCAGAAAUAUGUAGCCAAACGACACACGCUGGUGCUACAGGGUUUCUCCUUCCUUUGGCGAUACGUGGAGCUGCGUGGAGAAUGUCAGGAGAGCAUGUACAACCUGGGCAGAGCGCUGCACCAGAUGGGCCUCACACAUCUGGCCAUACAUUAUUAUCAGAAGGCUCUUACACUGCCUGCAAAGAAAAUGGACGGUAUCCCAGACGAUCAGCUGGACCUGAGCAGGGACGCCGCCUUCAACCUCUCCCUCAUCUACCAGGCCAGCGGGAACAUGGAGAUGGCCCGGCAGAUAAUCAACACACACUGCAUUAUUUGAAAAUGAAUACAUAUGCCUCAUUAGGUGUGUCUGUUCUUUGGGUUCAGGAGAGUUUGAGAUUCAGUCCCUGAAAGUGCUGCUUUGUAUAAAUAUGGAGGACUAAAACGGACGUAUCCAUACAUUCUGAAACAGAAAUAACACCUGAAACCUGAAAAUGAAAAAAAGCCACUUUUAUGUGGCAAUAAAUUGGCUAGUAAUUAUUGUUUCAGUGUAUUGCCUUCAAUAACUGAAAACUGAAAGAAAUACUUGAAGUACAUGACAUUAAUACCAAAUAAAACUUUUAUAUUUAUGCCAAUUUUCCUUAAUAUUUAUGUAUUAACUGAUCUAUUGCUUAUUAUGAAUCAGUCGUUUUAUGUCCUCCUUUUGAAACAUCUCUGGUCGUUAUAUUUGGACAUUUAUUCAGUUGUGAUGUGUAAACAUAAGGCUAACUGUUUAAUGUGUUGAAAUAGUAUUUCUAUUGUUUUAGCUUUAGGGGCAUCACUGCUAAAUUAAUGUAGACAUCAGAUGACAAUUUCUUGACACAUCAUUCUAAUUUUUAUAGAUUUAUAAUCUAGAUUAAACUUGUCAUCAGAUUCCUUCAGUCCCUUACUCUUCCUUUUUGGGCUAAAAUUACAUUUAGUUUGUAUUUGUUUGUAUGCUUUUGUAAAACUUCAGUAUUGUAAAACAUGAUGUUAUCGUUUCUGUGAAUACGAUUAUAUUUUGGUAAAAAAAAAACCUAUUUCAGGUUUAUGUUUUUGAAUCAUAAAAGUGUUUUUAGACUUCUA